UGGCAGAGCUUUAGGGAGAUUAGAAGUGGCCUGGGACCUGGGGAUAAUUUAUUGCGGAGUUCAAUUUCCGGACUUGAUUCUAGUUUGCGUUGGAUCAACGAUUAGUCGCCUUUCGGUCCCCUUUGGAUUUACUCCUAGUCUUUUUGUCUUGAAGUACUGAGUCGUUACCCUUUACCCCCCCUGUCAAUAUCACCAGCGGAAAAGCUCCUGUAGACGCCUGGCACCGAUGAAACGAUGCAGGGUCCCCUCCGAUGCGGUGGGAAUAGUAAGCGCUAGGCCAGGGGAUGGUGAGAGGCCUCGAUUCCGACGACAUGGGGGGAAGUGCGCGUCACAAACGGGUUAAUCGCACCUGCGAAGAGAGUAGAUAUGAUGUGCGAUUGCGAUUGCGAUGCGAUUCUCGUCGACCCUGUCUGUGUGCGCCGACCACAUGAUUUAGCGCAUACCUUCGCUGCGCAUCACCCACGUCGCAGCCAUCAUUCAUGCCUGCCUGCCUACCUGCCUAGUUCUAGGCGCCUUCAGCACUAGGAGAGCUGAGAAGGAGAGGGUAAAAAAAAAGAGUGUGUAGCCUUCCCCGUACUCUAGUCGAAUCAACACUCGUUAAUAUGAGUAAAAUCCGCAGGCAGCUGAGUUUGUGGGGGUUGUAUGUGUCGCCUCGUCCGCGGUUCUGACUCAUGGGGGAAAGGAAAGAAAGGCUGAUGAGCCAUGCCAUCCAUGGUUGUUGUCUGAUGCAAUGCUGGCUUUAUUUUUCAUUUUCCCCCACAAUAAUAAUAAUAAUAAGGAAAUGCCGACGGAUGGCCGCUCGUUCGCCAUUUACCCGCAUGGCAUGUCAUCCCGGCUCUUUUUCGUCGCCCUUUCCAAUUCAAUUCGCCCUGUGGCUGCCGUCGCCAACAAUCCAACAGCCUCAUCAAAAACCCCCCCCCUUUUCCUCACCGAUGAGGA